CCUCACGUGGAAGCUUCCCUCCAGACGCUGUCGUUUCCCUUUAAACGCCGUCGUUUUCCCCAGCCCUCCUCUUUCAUCUUAACCGAAACCGCUCCCCCGCCGAAAUGCUCUCCAAACUACCAUAGGAACCACCCCCCCCGCAUCUAACCAAAUUCAAACCUCAAAGCCAUUGCAAUUUCAUGGCAAUCAGAACAGAUUCGAUUUCGUAGCUUAAGUUUUUAGUUGAGUUGAUCUUUCAGUUCUUCUUCUGUUUAAUCUGAGCUCCAAGUUUUUAUUUAUUCAGCCAUGGAUGACGAACACCAGAAAAUGAUGGCUCUCAAAACGGCUUAUGCUGAUAUAAUCUUGAACACGGUGAAGGAGGCUGCGGCUCGUGUAAUGGUAUCCGACCGUAAAGUGAUUUGUCUCCAGCAGGAUCUUUGUUCUGUCAAGGAUGAGGCGCUCAGGAUGCUCCUUCGCUUGAAGAACAUGAUUGAUUCUAAGAUGCAUGAAGCAGAAAUAACGUCAUUAUGCCAGAGGAGAAAAGUUGAAGAGCUUGAAGCAAAACUUCACAAGGCAGAGGAUGUGAUAACAGAUCUUAGAAUGCAGUUGAAAGAGGCCAAAAACCAGUUGGAGAAGGAGAAGAAAGACAAAAUGCAGCCUUUUGAAGGGAAAAUUAUGAAUAAAAUUACUUUCUCCAGUCGGUCUACUCUUGAGCCGGAUUCUUCCCGUCCUUCCUCACCAGAACUGCAAACAGCGUCUUCUAAUUUAAAUAGCACGAAGAUGGAACAGAUUGCUCAGGCAAUGUACAAUAGUGUGCCAAGGUCUAUCGAUCACUCAUCUGCUUCUCACGUGGACAUCGUCCAUUCUCAUGAUUCUGACUCUACCUCCACGGUACUGAGAAUCAAGGAGCAUAGGUUAUCUAGUAAGAGGUGCCCCCAGAGAAUUCGUUCGCUAGAAAGGAAUUUCCAGGAUUAUGGUUUACCUCUAGGUAUUGAUGUAAAAGAUAGCCAAGUCCUUGAGGGAAAGGAACCUUUAGUAAAAAGAAGGAACAAGGAGGAAAGAGACCUCUCUACCAGAUCCGUAAAGCUCCAUACAUUAAGAAAGACGUCUCAAUUUGGAAAAUGUAAAACAGGCACUUGCAGGCUGCAUGCUAGUCAACUCACGAAACCUCAUCAUCCAUCAUGCAUCAUUUCCAUUUGCAAGCCUCAUUUGAAAGAUGGUGUCGUGAGAUCUAAUAAAAGUGAAUAUCGACCACCUCUGAUGGUUGGCAGUGGGAACGUGACACUAAAUUCUCGUUCGCCGGAGGAGCAUAAAAUUGACAAUUACAAAGAUGCAAGUGGGGAUUCUAUUGAAGGGCUACCCAAAGGGAACAUGAAAACAGGGAAUUUAAAUGGUCACUCUCCUGAUCAGCCUAUCAACCCUUGCGAUAAGUCUUUUUUCCCAUCUCCAUGUAGUACUUCCAUUAAUCUAGUUGAUGAUAAUAGGAAAUCUGGUGAAUAUCAUUCCAACAUAACUAAGCAUCAGACGAAGAUGAAGAAAUUAACCUGUUUGGAUCCAGGACUCGCAUCAACAGGAAGUUAUAUUGAUUCUUUAUCAGUUCUCCCUAGUGUUACUGCCAGUGUUAAGGUCAAUAAAUCCAAAGUCCUCGAGAAUGCUGCAAACAGUAAGAAAGAUUCGACUGCAUUGACAGUGAAACAGGAAAGUGGUGGAAUUAGGAAUUUGAUUUUUCCAAGUUCUAAGUCGAACUCUGAAAUGAAUCCUGAUACAAAAUGCGAGCAAAUAUAUGAAGUUACAAAUUAUUCUCCUUGCCAAGUAGACAAGAAAAUGUUUCUUAGAUGUUCAAGGCAAAGCAAACGCAAGAGGGAAGCCAUAGACAUUUCUGAUGAAAAUAUUUCUCCAGGAAAGAGCAAUGCAAAAAGGAGGUUGCAUGAGAAACUAAAGUUUGAGCCUGAGUUUGAGAGGUCUAACUUGAUCAGAGAAUCGACGAGGGAGAGUCGACAGUUGUCACAAGUUGCCCGUCAGCUCGUAUCUUUGUCUAGAAAAAGAUGGGAGUAAUAAUGGUGGUUUCUUUUCAUCCUUCAACACCAUCAGAACCUGGAUAUGAUUGGGAAUCAAGCACGUCAGCCCUCCUGUGAGUUGUUCUUCAGCAUUUUCUUUUCCAAAAAAUCCACUGAUUGGUGUUUAGAUUCAUUUAAUGAGAGAGAGAGAAAGAUAGAUGAAUAGAUUAUUCUGUGCAGUUUUUUACUAGUGUGUCUUCUUCACAUAGUUGAUGGCUAUAUAGUAUUUAAUUUAAUUUAAUUUAGUUUAUAGAAACAUGAAUCAAUAACAAAAAAAGAUAUGAGGAUUCAGGAGUACUAAUUAUUAGCUUCAAUGUGUUGAGAUUAUGUAAAAUGAAACAAGUAGGGUCAUUUUUGUGAUGAUACAUGUAACACAACAUGUCUUGAAGUAAGCAUGCCUUUGAAUUUUUCUA